GGAAGCGGGCUGGCCGCCGCCAUGAGCCGGAGGAGGCUGCAGCAGCUGGUGGACUCGCUGGGCCGAUCCGCCAGGCACUUUAAUAAAAACGAAGUGGAAUGUCUGAUCAAGCUCUUCAACACGCUGGUGGCUGACUCCAACAACCGCUUUGCCACAGUCGGCUUCGACCGUAACGUGUUCAGAGACACGCUGCACAGCGCCUUUGGCAUGACGGAUGACGUGCUCAUGGACAGAGUGUUCCGCACUUUUGAUAAAGACAACGAUAGCUGCAUCAGUGUGGUGGAAUGGGUGGAAGGCUUAUCAGUAUUUCUUCGGGGGACACUGGAAGAAAGGAUUAAAUACUGUUUUGAGGUUUACGACCUGAAUGGUGAUGGAUACAUUUCAAGAGAGGAAAUGUUUCAAAUGCUGAAAAACAGCCUUCUCAAACAACCAUCAGAAGAAGAUCCUGAUGAGGGAAUUAAGGACUUGGUAGACAUAGCACUGAAGAAAAUGGACUAUGAUCAUGAUGGCAAGCUUUCUUUUAUGGACUUUGAAAAAGCAGUCAAAGAUGAAAAUCUUCUCUUAGAAGCCUUUGGACCAUGUUUGCCAGACCUAAAGGUACGUCAACUUUUGAGUUUAAAAAAAAAACAACAACAUGCAAAUAUUUCUUGUACUAUUGGUAAGGAGAUGUACAUAUUAUGAUAUUAAUUGCCAUUACAUGGGGCCUGCUGAAGUCAACUGAGAAAUGCUUCAGUUGUGGGAUAUGCGCAUGCUGAGUUCAUAUCUACCUUUCACUGUACCAACAUUUCCUUAUACAGUCAAACACUGGUACCAGAGAAUAUAAGAACACGCUGUUACUCAAUGUCUGUCCUGGGGCAGCAAUAUAAUGAAUGAUCCUCAGUCAGCACCCUCUGAGAUUAAGAAAAUGAGACCGUUCUCCUGAAUUGGAUUCCUGGAGAGCUUUCAGAUAAACAACUUUUAUUUUUCUUUCUUCAGUGCCACUGGCAACGGUGCCAUCGCCUCACUUACUUAUAGCCUCUUUUCAGAGAGGCUGGUAACUUUCUGAAAAGAAAAUACCUUGAGAGUGUUCUUCAUCUCAGAGUGUGGCACUGCUGUUUUGUACUUAUAUCUAACUGUGCUUUAUUUAUUCUUAUUUAUUAUUUUAUACAUCUAAUUCAAUUCAGAUUUUUUUUUUUAGAAGAUGGUAAUUUACAACAUGCUAAUUUCCUCAGCAUUAAGUUAAACUGUGGAGAGUGUUUCUGCUCUACAAUAAAGAGUAAUUUUUUUCCUAAUCCAAUAAUUAUUCUAUUUCAAUUGCAUGUCAUUUUCAAAUACUGAAAAUUAUGCCUUCAUAGAGAUGGAAAAACAAAAUUUUGAUUUUUGAAUAGUGAUUCCUAGAAACAGAAAAGUUCUGUAAGACUGCUGAGAACACAGCAAGUUUUCAUUUCCUGGAAAUCCACAGUUCUGCCAGCUCACCUACCUGCUGGGCUGGAGGACAGGAAGAAAGGGUCUUGCAGCCAUGAUUGCAGGCCCUAUGAUAUCACAUCAGCUGCAAAGCAGCUGUUCCCAAAUUGCCAGACUUCUCCUGGCAGCAUUUAAAAGUCAAAAGACUUUUAAGGGUUUGGGAAAACCCAGGUAAGUAAGUAAAUACUCUGUUUUUUACACCAGUGAAAAGGUUUUAAAAAGUUCUGAACUGAAUUAACAUUCACUGAUCAGCAUAGAAAAAUGACUUGUCAGCGUUGGUGAUAAAGCAGGUAUGCAAUUCAGGCUAAUCAUGGCAAGAGAUGCAAAACUCAGCUUGUUUCUUGCUUUGUGCCCUCUGUUCUGUACCCUACCAAACUUGUUGCCUUUUUACUAGGUCUCUAGUUUCACUGUUAAAAGACAACUCUAUUUACAUGUCCUUUCAAGCCCUAAAAGCAAUAAAGAAAUUUCAGCUAUGAGCUUUACGUGAAGAAACCCCAUAACUUACUAGAUUUCCCAGUGAGAUUAUGUUAGGGAAUUUUAAUUGUACCCCUUGACAUAAAUUAAACACUCAUUUGCACUUAAAUACAUUUUUAAAAAAUGUAAUGAACAACUUAUUGCAUAGAGUCCUACCACCAUAGGUGGUUCCACAAGGAGUCUGCCAAGAUGUGCCACGAGCUGAUCCCCUAUAUACGCUUCCACCAGCACCCGUCCUGUGAGGGUCAGCAAGGGGCACCUGAGCCCAGUGCUGGGGCCAUCCUCCCCAGUGCCAGUUCUGCUGCCCAAAGGUGGCCCCUGAGCACUCCCACUCUAGGAUUGUUACAGCACAAUGCUACAGGUUUUUAUCUUGUCACCAAAGGAAAUUUCACUCCUUUACAUUAAGUCAUCCAAGUCUCUGGCAUUCCUGCUUCCAGCCAGUAUAACUCAUUCUGCAGCUGGGCUUUCUUGCCCUCCAUGCCAGAGCGUUCCUUGGUCACACAUUAGCACUGCUGAGCAGUUAAAAUUUGAAUUUCCCCUUCAGUUGUUAUAAACUUAUAAUAUAAAACUAUAUAUAUAAAUAUCGUUGUCUCUUGGUGAUGACAUCAUUAAUGCGAUAGAAUUUACCUUUUCUAAGCUAAAAACAAAGAGAAAGGCUCUGCUUACACACAUCAGUUUAGCAUCUUUUUCAAUUAAAUUAAAAACCUUUAGUUUAUUGAAAAUUAAGUUAGUUUGUUUGUUUUUUUAAACAGAGCAGCAUGGCCUUUGAACAGAAAACCUUCCGUGAAACUCGUAAACUGUAACUCCAAGUGG